CUGCCACUGCUAAAGAGUGUGAAAUGCUCUCCUCCUGUCAGCCAUCAUGUCUGGGGACAAUAGCUCCAGCCUGACCCCAGGAUUCUUUGUCUUGAAUGGUAUUCCUGGGCUGGAAGCCACACACGUCUGGAUCUCCCUGCCAUUCUGCUUUAUGUACAUCAUUGCUGCUGUGGGGAACUGCGGGCUCAUCUACCUCAUCAGCCAUGAAGAGGCCCUGCACCGGCCCAUGUACUACUUCCUGGCCCUGCUCUCAUUCACUGAUGUCACCUUGUGCACCACCACGGUACCUAAUAUGCUGUGCAUAUUCUGGUUCAACCUCAAGGAGAUUGACUUUAGUGCCUGUCUGGCCCAGAUGUUUUUUGUCCAUAUGCUGACAGGGAUGGAGUCUGGGGUGCUCAUGCUUAUGGCCCUGGACCGCUUUGUGGCCAUCUGCUACCCCUUACGUUAUGCCUCCAUCCUUACCAACACUGUCAUUGCCAAGGCUGGUUUUGCCACCUUCUUGAGGAAUGUGAUGCUCAUCAUCCCAUUCACUGUCCUCACCAAGCGCCUGCCCUAUUGCCGGGGGAAUUUCAUCUCCCACACCUACUGUGACCACAUGUCUGUGGCCAAGGUUUCCUGUGGCAAUUUCAAGGUCAAUGCUAUUUAUGGUCUGAUGGUUGCUCUCCUGAUUGGUGUGUCUGACAUCUGCUGUAUCUCUGUAUCUUACACUAUGAUUUUGCUGGCUGUUAUGAGUCUGUCAUCAGCAGAUGCUCGUCACAAAGCCUUCAGCACCUGCACAUCUCACAUGUGUGCCAUUGUGAUUACCUAUGUUCCUGCUUUUUUCACUUUUUUCACUCAUCGUUUUGGAGGAGACAGUAUCCCUCACCACAUACACAUCAUUGUGGCCAACCUUUAUCUGAUACUGCCUCCUACCAUGAACCCAAUUGUUUAUGGAGUUAAGACCAAACAGAUUCGGGAAGGUGUAAUUAAAUUUUUACUUGGAGACAAGUUUAGCUUUACCUAUAAUAAAUGAAACAUAGACUAGAUAUAUCGUUUGAAUUGGGAAUAAAAUGAGGGGACAAAAUUUCAUAAAAGAUGAAAAUAAAAUGGUAUUAAAAUCACGACAUGCAAUUUACCCAUGUGACAAACUUGCAUAUGUACCCCUUAAAAUUAAAAGUAGAAAUAAAAAAUCAAAAUAAAGGCAUAAAUUCAUAAGUCACAAUAAUAUGUCCGUUUUCUGAAGUGUCUGAAAAUAUAUGAAUUCAUAUGUGUUGGGAGUGGGGGCAAAGAUCUGCCAAAGCAGAGAAUGCAGAAUAAAGAAGUAAUAUACUAAUUACUUAAAGGGCUGAGGCUUUUCCUAAGCAUUUAUUGACUCACAUGCCUGUGAGACCAGAAAGGUAAUAAAAUGAGGACAGUAAACCUGGUGAAAAUCUAUGCAUUGUGUAUAAGAGGAGAGGCUAUACAAACAUGGGACAAGUUUGUCCUCUCCAUGAAAGAUAAAUUCUACUCAGAUCAAGUGCAUUGUUGCCAUAGGGAAUGAAUAAAGUACAUGGUAUACACAGUGGACCACUAUUUUUUUUUAAUCACUAUUUGGUUGUAAAAAGAAUGAAAUCAUUUGCAGCAACAUGAAUGGAACUGGAAGGUAUUAAGUGAAAUAAGCUGGGCACUGGAAGAAAAAUAUUACAUGCCCUCACUCCUACAUAGGAGCUGAUAUAGUCUUAUGGAGGUAGAGAAAUUAAAAAAUGGCUUUUGUCAUUCAUUCUAUUGCUGCAAUGUUUUAUGUUUAUUGAUUUGCAUAUUUAGUCAAUUCUUUGCUCUGUGGGAAAAAUUCCACUUGGUCAGGAUAUAUUAUCUUUUUGGCAAGCUGCUGGAUUUGGUUUGCUAGUAUUUCAUGGAAGAUUUUUGUACCUAUAUUUAUCAGGGACAUUAGCCUGUAGUUUUCCUUUUUAUUGUAUCCCUGUCACGUUUUUGGUAUCAAGGUAAUUCUGGCCACUAUAAUAAAUUAGGAAGAAUUGCUUUCCCUUAAAUUUUUGGACUACUUUGAUGAGAAUUGGUGUUAGUUCUUAUCUGAAAAUUUGGUAGAAUUUGGCAGUGAAGCCAUCAGGUACUGGAGUUUUGUUGUUGUUGUUGUUCGGAGACACUUUGUUACUGGAUUCAAACUUAUUAUUUGUUAUCGGUCUAUUUAGGGUUUUGUUUCUCCCUGAUUCAAUCUUGUUGGGUUGUAUGUGUCCAGAAAUUUAUCAGUUUCUUCUAGGUUUUCCAGUUUGUUAUUGUGUAGUUGUUCUUAAUAGUCUCUGAUGAACCGUUGCAUUUCUGUGACAGCAGUUGUAAUGACUCCUUUUUCAUUUCUGAUUUUGUUUAUUCACAUUUUAUCUCUUUCUUCCCUUCUUAGUCUAGCUAGUAGUUUAUUAAUUUCGUUUAUUUUUUAAAAUAAACAUUUUCAUUUUGUUGAUCCUUUGUAUUUUUCAGUCUCUAUUUUGUUGAAUUCUAUUCUGAUUUUUAUUAUUGGUUUCCUUCUACUCAUUUUAUGUUUGGUUUCUCCUUGAUUUUCUGCUAACUUGAGGUGUAUUAUUGUGUUAUUGAUUUGAAAUCUUCCUUUUUUGAUGUGUUUAUUGCCAUACACAUCCCUCAUAAUGCAGUUUUUACUGUAUACUAUAGAUUUUGGUGUGUUGUAUUUUUAUUUGCAUUUGUUUCAAGAAAAAAUAGUCAUUUAUGAGCAUGUUAUUUAAUUUUCAUGUAUUUAAAAUUUCCAAAGUUUCUCU